AUGGCCGCCGCCGCGCCGGAGGGCGAGGGCCUCUUCGCUGUUCCCGAGCCCUUCUCCCCGUCCAUCUUCCUCGACUUGCCCCCGACGCCGCGCCCCGAUAGCAACGGCGAGGUCCUGGCCUCGUCGGACGACCUCGUCCUCCCCUUCAUCACGCGGAUCCUCAUGGAGGAGGACAUCAACGACCAAUUCUUCUACCAGUUCCCCGACCACCCCGUGCUCCUCCAAGCCCAGGAACCGUACGCGCAGAUCCUCUCUGACGCAACGGCUCGCACCAACAGCGCCGCCUCCUCGGGGUCCCCCGCCACCAUCUCGCCGUCCUCCUCCGACGGCCCAGUCCAGCUCCUCCUGUCCCCGCCGUACCCCGAUACGGGACUGCACGGCUUCACCGACGACGGCGUCGGCACCUUCUUCUUGCCCGCACAAGGUGGUGGCAGCCCGGAGUUCGAGCAGAGUCCGGCGCAAUUAAGGACCACAACCUUGCCCACCGGCGACGGUGACCACGCGGCGCUGGCCUCCGUCUUCUUCAACAGGGGAGACGCGGACGCGGAGAUGCUCAACAAGGCAUUCCUCAAGGGUAUGGAGGAGGCCAAGAAGUUCUUGCCCACCACCAACAGCCUCCUAAUCGACCGUGAGGCAGAGGAGGAGGAGUUGGGCAUUAAUGGCAGGGGCCGCAAGGACAGGGACAGGCUCAGUUGGGAUGACUUGGAGGCUGAGGCGUGCAGGAAGAGCAAGCUGAUGGUGCCCGAGCCUGAGGAAACUGGCGAGAUGGUAGAUGAAAUGAUUGUCAAUGGACUGAAAUUGUGCCUCAAAGAAAUGGAGGCCCUGCGAAUCACCAUGGGCAGUGAGGCUAAGAAGAAGGCCAGGAAGGGCAGAGCGAAGUCGGCGCAGGGAAGGUCUAGCGCCAACGAGGCGGUGGAGCUGAGCACCUUGCUCAUCCACUGUGCACAGGCCGUGGCCAUGGACAACCGCCGCAGUGCGACUGAAUUGCUUAGACAGAUCAAGCAGUGCUCGUCGCCGAGGGGUGACGCCACACAGAGGUUGGCGCAUUGUUUUGCAGAGGGAUUGGAGGCGCGGCUGGCAGGGUCAGGGAGCCAGCUCUACAGGUCUCUCAUGGCUGAGCAAAUCUCGGCCAUGGAGUACCUCAAAGCCUACUGGUUGUACCUAGCAGCUUGCUGUUUCAAAAUGAUGGCAUUCAGGUUCUCCAACAUCACAAUCCUCAAGGCCAUCGCAGGGAGGAAAAAGGUUCACAUCGUGGAUUACGGCGUGAAUUAUGGGGUUCAGUGGCCAACUUUGCUAUACCGUUUGGCGACCUUGGAGGGUGGACCUCCUGAAGUGAGGAUCACUGGCAUUGAUCUCCCCCAGCCCGGCUUCCGCCCAGCUGUGCGGAUCGAGGAGACAGGGCGGCGGCUUAGCAAUUAUGCUCGUCAGCUCGGUGUGCCAUUCAAGUUCCACGGCAUCACGGUGAGGUGGGACACAGUUUGUGCUGAUGACCUGAACAUUGACCCUGAUGAGGUACUCAUUGUCAACAGUAUCAUGCAGUUUGGAAAUUUGAUGGAUGAGGGGGUCGACAUUGAUAGCCCAAGCCCUAGGGAUGUUGUCCUCAGAACCAUUCGCAAGAUGCAACCUGAUGCGUUCAUCCUUUAUGUCAUGAAUGCCUCGUAUAGUGCUCCAUUCUUUGUAACACGUUUCCGGGAUGUGCUGUUCUUUUACUCCGCAAUGUUUGACAUGCUGGAUGCCACGGCUCCACGGGAUAGUCACCAGCGCUUUUUGGUUGAGCGGGUCCUCUUUAGGCAGUGUAGCCUGAAUGUUGUUGCCUGUGAGGGCACGGACAGGGUGGAGCGCCCGGAGACAUAUAAGCAAUGGCAGGUGCGGAACCACCGGGCAGGGCUAAGGCAACUUCCACUGGAUCCAGAUAUUGUAAAGACCUUGAGGGACAAAGUUAGGGAUCAGUAUCACAAGGACUUUGUCAUUGAUACGGAUCAUAACUGGCUCCUGCAAGGAUGGAAGGGACGCAUACUCUAUGCCAUGUCGACAUGGGUUGCAGAUGAUGCUGUCUCAGAACUUUAG